GAAUGGUCCCACCCCCGGGAACAGCUCCUGACCCUCCCUCUUCCCUCCCUCCCAGGCCGGGACUGCAUGGGCUGUGCCAAGACAGGCAGUGGGAAGACAGCAGCCUUUGUGCUGCCUGUGCUGCAGGUGCUCUCCGAGGAUCCCUACGGCAUCUUCUGCCUCGUGCUGACUCCCACCAGGGAAUUGGCGUACCAGAUCGCGGAGCAGUUCCGAGUGCUGGGGAAGCCUCUUGGCCUGAAGGACUGUGUGGUGGUGGGAGGUCUUGACAUGGUGGCUCAGGCCCUGGAGCUGUCAAGGAAGCCCCACGUGGUCAUCGCGACCCCAGGACGACUCGCGGAUCAUCUGCGCAGCUCCAACACCUUCAGCCUCAAGAAGCUGAAGUUCCUGGUGCUGGAUGAGGCUGACAGGCUGCUGGAACAAGGCUGUGCUGACUUCACUGCCGACCUGGAGGUGAUCCUGGAGGCUGUCCCUGCUCGCAGGCAGACUCUGCUCUUCAGUGCCACCCUCACAGACACCCUGAAGGAGCUGAGGGGCCUGGCUGCCAACAGGCCUUUCUUCUGGGAGGCUGUAUCUGAGGUUCGGACAGUGGAGGAACUGGACCAGCGUUACCUGCUUGUGCCUGAAGCAGUGAAAGAUGCUUACCUGGUCCACCUGAUCCAGAAAUUCCAGGAUGAGCAUGAAGAUUGGUCCAUAAUUAUCUUCACUAAAACCUGCAAGGACUGCCAAGUCCUGAACAUGAUGCUGAGGAAAUACAACUUCCCUUCUGUAGCUCUGCAUUCCAUGAUGAAGCAGAGACAACGAUUUGCAGCUUUGGCCAAGUUCAAGUCCAGCAUCUUCAAGAUUCUCAUUGCCACUGAUGUUGCUGCCAGGGGAUUAUAGGACAUUCCUACAGUCCAAGUUGUCAUCAACCACAACACCCCUGGGCUGCCCAAGAUUUACAUCCACCGCGUGGGCCGGACGGCACGAGCGGGGCGGAAGGGAAUUGCCAUCACCCUGGUGACGCAGUACGACAUCCACCUCGUGCACGCCAUCGAGGAGGAGAUCAAGCUGAAGCUGAAGGAGUUCUCAGUGGAGGAGAAGCUCGUGCUGGACAUCCUCACCCAAGUGAACGUCACCAGGAGGGAGUGUGAAAUAGGGCUGGAGGGAACAGAUUUUGAUGAGAAGAAAGAAAUCAAUAAGCGGAAACAGAUGAUCCUUGAAGGGAAGGAUCCAGAUCUGGAGGCCAAAAGGAAGGCAGAGCUAGCCAAGAUCAAGAGGAAGAACAAGGAGUGCAAGGAGAAGAUGCAGCAGAAGCUGCAGAGGAAGCAGCAGCUGCAGCAAAAAAAGAAGCUGCAGAGGAAGAUGGAACGGAGGAACAGGAAGAAGGUGACAGAGGAGCAGUGA